AUGUUCUCUAGCCGAGGAAGAAGACCAGUUGGUAGAUAUCCGCGUAGAGCGCCACAUCACAGACAUCAUCACCAAGCGAACUUACCACAACAUGGAGAACAUCGUACGGAUAUUCGAGAUUCAACAAAGUUGUCCCGCAUCCAAAGCUUAUUGUCUCGCAUCCGUGACGACAAUGAAUCGCUUUACACUCGCCGCACAAACUCUUUGAAUCAAUUGUCGAACAUGGUAAAUGAAUCAAUGUCAACAUGGGAGGCAAAUCAAUUAUUCGAAAGCAUGACGAAAGGAACGGGCGGAAUGCCGACAAUAGAAAGUCUUUUCGAAGAUACAAGAUCUCCAUCAAACACCCGUCUACUUUUGUCCAAGUUUCUUGCUCAGGUAGCUCUGAACAUGAAGGAUGACAUCGAAUUAUACCUACGCUGGACUUUUGAACGGUUACACGUAACGGCGAGCGGGAAUCGAGAUAGAGACAAGGAGAGAAAGACAUGGAUAGUCGCUUCUUUACGCGAACUCCUUAGUCGUCCUGCCCAUUCAUCUUCUCACCCACCUUCAUCAAUACUCCAACCUCUAAUCCCGUCCAUCCUAAUCGAUGUCGAAGCUCUUCUAGAUUCGAUGGCAUGUGUAGAUUGCUUCCCGGGUAUUCUCGAAGUGCUUGAGAAGAUUGUUGACAAGUAUCCGAACGAAUUUUGUGAGAGAUUCCAGGAUAUAAUUGAUCUUCUUGUAGGAUGGCAUAUUGAUACCUCGGUUUCUGACAAUUUGCAUCGAUUAAUUUCAGAAACGUUCAUUAAACUACGGCCGUGUUGGGCUCGUAAUCUUGAGUUUGCCUUCGAACUUAUGAGUCAUUUCCUAACUGAUAUGGAGGUUGAACUUGGACUGUCCAUAUUACCUGAUGCUGGGAAGGAAAAGCAGAAUGAAAGCGACCAUGAAGAAAGCGAUAAGGAUAAUAAGAAUGGUAUUUCGAGUAAUGUUAAGGCCUUGUUAAGCUGUUUCCAUGCAGUUGCUGAUGCAGUUGGCGGAGUUGUUCCAGCACAAUCAACGGAACAUUCUUGUGGAGCUGGAGUAGAUGAUAAUUCAUACCCUUUCGACAGAUUGCAUGCCUGGAUAAUUAAGAUUUUAAAUACUGUCGCUAAUAUGCAUCUUGAUGCCGACUGGUUACGGAAAGGGAAUCAAAUAAUUAUUUCCUUGAGUGCAUAUAGAAAAACAGCUUCCGUGUAUCAACAAACGCUUGCAAUUACUUUCUACUUGAAUCAGUUAGUAGUUACUCAGGACGAAACCUUAGCUGGCCGACAAAUAGAUGAAUGGUUUGAUGGUUUGUUACAGAUUCUAUCUAACUGGAUACCUGUCGUUCAUCCAGACAUUUUAUUUACCCUUGCCCAUCCCAACUCUAAACUCCAGCAACUCCGCAUACAUCACCCUCGCAAUACUCGUUUAUUUGCAGAUAUAUUGGAGAUGUUUCGGAUAUUAUUUAGAAAUCAAAACAACAUGAUAGAGACGGACGACGUUGGAAAGAAAAACAUAAUAAGCGAGUUGGAGAAUGAAGAGGUACCCGAAGAAGGAAAUGGAGAUGAAGUUAACGCUGAAAGUGAGAAUAAAGUUGUUGGAGAGUUGAAUGUACAUCAAGAAAUGAAGAAGAGUAAUGAUAAAGAGAACUCUACGGCAAUCGGUAAAACGAUCGACGAGACAGUUAAUAGAACAAUCGCAUCCUUGGUCCUGGUCACCGAUCUCGAGUUGUUAUCCGAAAUCGCAAGAUCGUGGAAUCGCGAACUGGAGGUGUUUUCGGUUUUACUUCAUGUAUUCGAGAAGAUCAAUAAAUGCGCAUACUUUGAUACAGUUCUAAUGACUGCAACGAUGAAGACGAUGAGAAGUGUUUCGCGAAGUUGCUCUUACUUUCUCUCACACCUUCACGCAUCUAAUUACCCAACCUUUUCCACUAUAACUUCCCUUAUUUCCUCAAUCUUUAUUAAUCACGUUAACUUUCCCAUAAAUAUUAUCUUAUUAACUAUCGACUGGUUUUUAAAUAUAAUCAAACACGUCAAUAAUGAAGAAACGAGGGUGAAAGCAGAUUUGACAGAGAAUGCAACGAAGGAUACACAAAAAUAUAUAAGAACGGAUGCGAAAGCGCAUAUUGACACAGUGUUGGAUGCAUUGACGAGGUUAUCGGAAGUAGCGAGGGAUAGAGAGAUUAGGCUAGUUGUGGCCAGAGUAGUAAGAGAUUACUUUAAAGUGUUUGGCUCUGUUUCUGUUAAAGAAAGCAUCGUUGUUGGAAUAUGGCACAGAAUUGCGGAUGUUGAUCCUAAAGUACAAACAGAGUAUGCAAAGCUGCUAUAUAGUAUUAAUCCAUUAUAUACUGCCUUUCAACGUAACGAAUAUUCGGAUACACUGUAUGAAGAUAUCAGAUCAACAAUCAUCUCGACACCUCACUUGGGCAACUUCCGCCCUCGCCACUUUCAAAUACUAAUGGCUCAUUUGGGAAUGGAAGAUUUCUUGUCAACAACAGACUCGGCAACGUUGCACGAUUCGUAUCCAUCUGAGAAUACAAAUAAUGGAGAAUGGCUGCAGAAAUUAUUUUAUUCUUGUCAGUCAGAAGUAACGUUCGAGCCAGUGAAUCAGAAGGGGAGGUCCAGCGAUAGCGCAAGUCACAAUAAUAUCAGAAACGGUCCUACAAAUAAUAAUUCUGACACCAUCACUACACCUACUGCAAACGAUACCGCACUUACUUAUCCCAUCUUUGCCUCAACGAUUGCAAAUUCGAUACCUUUGCUAACAUUCUGGUCGCUUUGGGAAUCGACCAGAUAUUGUAUAUUAUCACGACUACGCACGCCAUUCGGAGGUCCGAAGCAGACAUUUGAUUGUUUGGAGAAACAUUUAAACGGCUUACUUGAUAGUAUUGGAAAUACACUAGGCAAUGAUGGAAAUGAAGCUAGUAAAAUCGAGAGAAGUGAGGGCAUAACCAGUGCUGAGAUAGCCAGUGACGGUGGUAUCACUUCGGGUGCAAACGUACGCGCGUCUGCUUUUGACGAAUGCGCUUUUUUUUCUCCUUCUUCCUCACCAUCAACUCCCACCGCCCAUCUUGCCAACCUCCGUGCACUAUUAACUCUACUUACUCUUCUUGAACUUCAAAUUCACAAUGCCACAACCGGCACCGCGCUCUCCAUCAUCCCACCUGCCCCUCGACCAAGUAUCUUGUUCUUCCGUACAAAUGAGAAAGUAUGUGGGGACUGGUUCAGUCGAGUGAGAUUUGGACUGGUGAAAGGGGCAAGAAUGGUUGGAGAUGAUGCGAUGGUUGUAAGACAUGGUAUUAGUUAUUUGAAGGAGAAGAGUUGGGUGUUGGAUAAGGAAAAAGGAGGUCUGGAGAACGAGAGAGAGAAAGGUGGAACGGGUGAUAGAGGGCAUGUCAGACAGGGAGAUGAUAUUAAUAACUUGACAACCGCAAAGAAUAAGCAGAGUUUAUCCUUGAGCUAUAUUAAUGAAUUUCAAACGGUCUGCAUGUAUGUUGUAGAAAGUUUGGAGAGGUUAAAGGAAGGGGAUAUGGUUGUCGGAUUGAAAGAAUGGUGUGUGAAGAAUAUCGAUGAGAAAAGUACAAGAAAAAAUGGUGGUAAUAUUAGCAUUGUUGUUACUGGUGGAAAUAUGGAUGCGACUAGUACUACUCCCACAGCUCAACCCUGUACUCGCACACUGCUCCAACGCAAACCACUUCCUCGCUCCUGGCCUAUACCCGCGUCGCUUAUGUUUACUUGGAUGAGUCCUUCAAUACGGACAUCUUACCUAGAAUACGAGGCAUCGAUCACUGAAGCCACAAAAGUACUGAAUGAAUUAUUCGAACAUGAAAAUGCACAAGAGGGGCGUGAAGGAAGAGAUAACUCGGGGCAAGCUCAGGAUGCAGUUAAUUCUCGGAGUGUAAUUCGCUUAAUAAGCCAGUUCGUAACAUCCAAUAUUAUUAAUUGCUAUAUAAAACUCGAUGACAUGUCUUCUUUGUCCGAAUGGAUAAAAGAGCAUAAAAUAGAAGACAGUAUGCUGCACCCGUUGGUUAAGGAGAAUCGGCAAUAUUUAGAUGAAUUGGAGCGGUGGUAUACGGCAGAUGUGUUUGGAAAAUGGGAAACAGGCGAAGAAACGGGUAGAUUUGGAGAAGACAUGAGCGUUAUUAAGGAAUUGUAUGAGGGACCAAAUGAUAUAAGGCUUAUUGAAUGGCUUUAUCGAUUAAAAUACGUACAUCUUCAACAACCCGUGGCAAGAUCCUCAUCGCCAACAGCAUCUGUGACAAUGGGAGCGAAAUCUCUUCCUAUUACGUCAAAUACAUCCAUACUUACCUCUCCUUUUACUAAUAUUUCACCGGAUUCAAACAUUCCCAAUAUUAUCUCUUCACUACGUUUUCUUCCGCCAACGACUCGUUCCAUUAAUCCUAUUCUUUCUCAAAACUUUUCACACGCACUUCCACAUGAUCCUUCAAAGUUCAAAUCAUUCUUCGACAAUUUUGCUGAAAACGUAGAUAUAAGACAUACCUCGUAUUUCGGUGAUUUGUUUGAUUCGGAUACUGAUGUCUGGACAAAUCUUGAGCGACUUGUUGAGAAAGGCGUUGCAGAGAUCAAAGAUGGAAAAUGGGGAAGAAAAGAACAAGGGAAUGUAAAAUGUCUUAAUGCAAAUUAUGUGCAUUUAAUAAGAUACAUCACUGCGAAGGUUGCCAGAAAGUCUCGUGCAUACAAGAAAGCUAUGAAAUUACUUGGACAUUAUAAGAGUAACGACGAUGCUAUCCCUGUCGAGAUUAUUUUUGAGCAAGCAAAGAUUUUGUAUGAACAGAAUAAUUGUAUAGAGGCUAUUCGUAAAACUUGCUCGCUUAUGCCUCUUAAGAGACUGAACGAGGAGGGAACCGUAAAAGGGAACAUCAUGGAGAGUGUAAUGAAUAACGCAAUCCCCACAACAUUGCAUAAUAAUAUUUAUUUGAUGGAUGUAAUGUCAGAAAAACAAAAGCUUCAUCAGAAAAUGUAUUUAAAGCUGGCCAAGUGGUUAGAGAACUAUAGGAAUGAUAUCGAUCCUGAGACAAUGAUAAGUUUGCAAAAUGUGUUGAAUAGUAAUGGAAAUGCACUCAUCGAAGACAUUAAAAGCAGUAAUAAUGAUAGUAUUAACGCUGAGAUUAGCACUGUCACUACCACUAAUUUUAAUGCGGCUGAUAACUCUUCCCUUGAUACUAGCACUCGAGUCUCCCUUAUAUUUGCAUCUCUGACGAAUGCAAUCUCUCUCAACAAUAGUAUUUAUGCGAAACCCUGGUUCAUAUAUGCUACACACCAAUACCACUAUGGGUGGAAGAUAUUAGAUGAUAUAAAGAACGGAACUCGGAUGACGGAAGUGGUGAAAAGUGUUGCAAACGUGUUGAGACAAUGUUUCAGUGAUUGGAGUAAGAACGAAGAGAAUAUGCAUGAAGGAAUUGUAGGGGAAAACAUUGAUGCUAAUGUGGAUAAAGAUAUGCCUCAUUUCGAUCUAAUACUUAAGUCUAUUUUCACACUCUUCCUCCAAUACUUCAAUUCUUACACGCCACUCUCAACGGUUACCACGAUUCAUCGAGUUCUAAUUGACUUAGAACUACAAGUUUUGCGCUCGUUCAGCUCUGCUGUGGAUGGAUAUCACAAGUAUCUGCAGUUGAGCGAUGGGGAACAUGGUAAAAAUGUUGACAGUUCUAAGGACAAGCAUGAAGAUGGAGAAAAUAAUAAAGAAAACUGUAAUUAUGAUAAUCAUUACAGUAAGUCGCCUACACGCAUAACGGAAGCGGAUGCAUUAAUCUCAACACUGCGCAUUCUCAAUCUUCUCGUAACUUACGGUCCAAUUCUACGAUCAUUCCUCUCGUUCGGCCUCCACGCAACUACCACACAUCAUUGGCUUCCCAUUAUCCCACAAUUAUUCUCUCGCCUAACCCACCAUGAUUCUUUCGUCCGACACGAACUAUGUAAUUUACUCUGCAAAAUAGCAGAGAAUGAACCACACGCGGUGGUCUAUCAUACAGUCGUAGCACUGCAGGCGCAAAGAGUCAGUGAAGGAAAUAGAAUAUUAUUGAUAAGAAUCAUGGAGAGGAUUAAGCAAAAGAACGAGAGGAUUAUCGAAGAAACAAAGAUGGUAAUCAAGGAAUUACAAAGAAUAACGGUGCUUUGGGAAGAACUCUGGUUGAAUAAAAUAACAUCACUGCAAUUUGACAUUUCCAAGCGGCUACACAAAGUCAACGCCGAGUUCGAACGCAUUAAUGAUAAUCUCAACUUGACUCCUGCCGAACAAGACCAGAUAAUGAAAGAGACUCAUGAUGCUCAAAUGAAACCUGUCAUUGUUUCAUUCGAUAGAUUAUUGUCUAUUACAAGCAGAGCGACUACACACCAUGAGAAGUGGUUUUUAGAUAGCUUUGGUUCGAGAAUAAGGGAAGCAUAUGACAGAUUGAAAAGUCCAAAACGAUGGGACAGCGUCAAAGAAGGAUGGGACUUGUUUAAACUAAUCCAUAGAGAUCUAACAAAGCAAAUCCAAACCGCUCGGGCUCUUCCACUUGCUUCUCUCUCACCAUAUCUUUCUUCCCUUCAUUCAUCGUCACUUCCUCUUCCCACUUUUCCUUCAUCUCUUUCCUUCUCUCCCACCUCGUCCCCGCUCACCAUUUAUUCAUUCUCAGACACGGUUCACGUAUUACCCACAAAAACUAAACCAAAGAAACUUAAUCUAAUUGGAUCGGAUGGCAAUACAUAUGCGUAUUUAUUUAAAGGAUUAGAAGACAUGCAUUUGGAUGAGAGAAUUAUGCGAGGGUUACAGAUUACGAAUUGUUUGCUGCGAAGAGAUAAGCGGGGUAGGAAAGCAGGAUUAAAUGCCAGAUUUUAUGCAGUUGUGCCCCUAGGUGAGCAUUCGGGAAUGAUUCAGUGGGUCGAGAAUGCUGUGCAGCUAUUUGUAUUGUAUAAAAAGUGGCAACAGAGGGAAUAUUCUGUCAAGACGCUUAUUGGAAAUAGUGGGCACCCAGAGGGGCAAGCAAGCGUAGGAAUUACAAAUGCCAACGCUGCCACAACAAAUAUUGGAGUCGCAACAACCAUCGCCAAUACCCUUCUUCAGCGUCCUAGUGAUAUAUACUACGAAAAGAUUCGUAAGUUGCUCAAAAAGGAAGGCUUGCCUCCAACCAUAUCCCGCAAGCAUUGGCCGAAAUCUAUCCUAAGGACUGCCUACCUCGACCUACUCAAUUCUACUCCUUCAGAUCUUCUCUCUAAUGAGCUCUGGUCUUCGUCCACGACACCUACCUCCUGGUUGCAAAAAUCAAUUUCAUUGAGUCGAUCGAUUGCUGUCAUGAGCAUCAUUGGAUAUAUCAUCGGUUUAGGAGAUAGGCAUCUAGAUAAUAUACUUGUCGAUUUUGAGAGAGGAGAAGUUAUACAUAUAGACUAUAAUGUUUGUUUUGAGAAAGGAAAGAAAUUAAGAGUGCCGGAAACUGUUCCGUGUAGAUUAACGCAAAAUAUAGUGUCUGCGCUUGGAAUAACAGGUGUUGAAGGAGUAUUUCGUAUCGCAUGCGAGGAUACCUUACGUGUUCUCCGAGCUAACGGCGAAAUUCUUGUCAUGCUUCUUGAAGCAUUUGUUUAUGAUCCAUUACUCGAUUGGCACUCGGAUGAAGGUAGAGACAAGACUGCUGUGGAAUUUGAGGAAUCUGCUGGGUUGCUAGUACCAAAAGUCAAAGAAAUGAAAGGGUUAUUUGAGAACAUGGAAGGAAGGAUAGAAGAUAUUUUGAUCCUAGAGAAGCAGUUGGAUGAGAGAUUAGUGACAGAAGAUGUGGAAAUGGGAACAGAAGAAGUGAACGAGAAUGAGGUGAAUCGAAUAGUAACAAGAACGUCUGCAAAAUGCGUUACUGCCUCUUCUCUUCAUCAAUCUCCAGGGUUUGAGGACAAGGAAAUAAACGAAGAUAACAUAGAUACAAAAGGUUUAAUGCAGGAGUUUGGUGAGGCGGACGCAAGCUCGCAGUUGUUUUUUGCCCAAGACGUUGAGAGGGACAACGACGAAUGUGAGGAUACUAGCGAGAAAAUAAAACCGCAUGCUAACAAGAAACAGUCCGAAGCGGUGAGCCAGCAGCCUGAUUCCGCGUUAAUAGAUGAGACUGCCGAAGUUCGCAACGCGUACGCAGUAUCAGUAUUAAAACGCGUUAAAGAUAAACUUGAAGGACGUGAUUUCGACUCGUUAUCCACGAUGACUAUUGCUGAGCAGGUUGACAAGAUUAUUCAAUCGGCUACUGAUGUUAAUAAUUUAUGUGUCCUAUAUGAAGGAUGGACACCAUGGAUAUAA